UCGGUGGCGUUAGCUCACCGCUUCAAGUCACCUUUUACCAGCGAGAAGAGACGUUUUCGAUAUUUAAAGACGUACUGCGUUGGAAAUAGCUUCUGGGGACAACAGUGCCUCUUCUCUCCGAGCUUCGGAGGGGGGGAAUCUAAACUACCUCCCUCGCACUUGUGGGACUUCCAGCACGCGGGGAAAUUAUGUUGGUCAGCUGAAGUUUGUGUUUACUGAUGUUGGAGAGGCUAACUAGUUAGCUCGGUUAGCUUGUUAGCGUGAAAGCUGCGCGUUGCGACCCUUUCGCAACUAUCUUUAAUGGGCAAUGUUAGCUGGAAUAUAGGCACAUUGGUUCUUACAUUCUAAAAUAACAGUUCAUCUUGUGUUGUUGAAGUUUAAACAAAUAAACGGUUCGCUUAUAAGUCGUGAAAGCGCUGAAACUGACUUUAAAAAUCUACUGCGAGCUUUGGAACGCCUUCACUGGAUACCCACAUUGUGGAUACGGAUGAAAUAUCGGGGUCAGAACGUUCUACCUGCCACCUGCCUCCCUCCGUGUCGGACUUAGUUCGUCGUCCUGGUCCACUAUGACCUCCCGGUUCAUCGAGUAAAAAACCCCGCGGAGAGAGAGCGCAGACCUCCAACCAUGGGAGGAUGUGUGGGGAGAUACUGGGAAGACUCGCAUAACCGAGGGUCGGCCAGGAACGGUGGACGAGGAGGACGGAACGAGCCCUUGAAAAAAGAACGUCCCAAGUGGAAGAGCGACUACCCGAUGACGGAGGGACAGCUGAGGAGCAAGCGAGACGAGUUCUGGGACACGGCGCCGGCGUUCGAGGGCCGGAAGGAGAUCUGGGAUGCCCUGAAGGCCGCCGCCGUGGCCCUGGAGUGCAACGACCACGAGCUGGCCCAGGCUAUAGUGGACGGAGCCAGCAUCACUCUGCCGCACGGGACUCUGAGCGAAUGUUACGAUGAACUGGGGAACCGCUACCAACUGCCGGUCUACUGCCUAGCGCCCCCUGUCAACCUCAUCUCAGAAUGCAGCGAUGAGGACCGCAAUGACAGCCCUGAACCCCCCGUAGCACCUAAAAAAGAAUUUCAACUCAAGGUACGACUCUCCUCGGGAAAGGACGUGCGCCUCAAUGCCAGCAUGGCCGACACCAUGGGGCAGCUGAAGAAGCAGCUGCAGGCCCAGGAGGACAUCGACGUGCUGCAGCAGCGUUGGUUCUUCUCUGGCAAGCUGCUGACGGACAAGACGCGCCUGCAGGACACCAAGAUCCAGAAGGACUUCGUCAUCCAGGUCAUUGUUAACUCACAGGCGUCAGGAGCCCCCAAAGCGUCACCCAUAACCACUCCCUCUUCGCCCAAGACCCAGUGAUUGCAGCAGGUUGGAGCAGAGAUUGCCAAGUCUGGACAUCCUCACCGUCUCUGACCCACUUUCAAAUGGAAACAGAGCUCAUCCUCAUCGCGCUGGCGGAAACGGCGCCCUUCGCCACUGCAUACACAAACUCGGCCUCUGGGCUUUUCAUCUGCAAUGUGGAUAAAACGCAGAAAGGUUAAAUCACACAGACACUUAGCAGCUCUGGUGGAGCGUACGAUGCAACUAACUGAGUUGUUUUGCACAAUUAAAGGUCCUUACUAUACUUCAGCGGUAGAUUGUGUGCCUUCAAGAUUGAAAAAAAAAAGGGUUAAUAUAAAGGAUAAGAGACUUACUAUUAUAGGCUGAACCCUGUGUAUUUUUUUAGAUUCAAAUCAAUCAUCAAUUGCUCUCACUGCUGCCUUUAUUAUGCUGUCUUAUAAUGGGUGAGUAUGUGUUAAUGCAGAAAAAACAAUCUACGUGAAAAUCCACUUUUCUGCCUUUCAGAUGGCUUCAUGACCACUAGGAGGAGCCUUACUGCCCCUUUCUGUUCUGUUUCUUAUUGUUUAGUGGACCCCCACCCACCCUCUCUCUCUCUCUCCAGCUGAUGAUUGUAAUCACUUCAUAUUCCCUGAAACUAUACAGGAAAAUUCCCUUCACCAGCUUAGAAACGAACCUGGAGCAGUGAGUCAAAGCUACGACCCAAAACCCAGAUUCAGAGAUUCAGAGGUUGAUUUGAACGACUGGUUCCCCCUAGUGGUGGCAUGUCGUAUUAAAAAUAGUGAAAUAAUGGCCCACCAAUGAAUGAAGACUGGAAAGGAAAUUAAUUGUUCAAUGUUUUUCAAGCUUUUGAGUGCUUUAUCUAAAAAUAGUGAGAUGGGCGUCGUUUUCUCUCUCCGCUCCAGUUGCUCAUUUCUCCUGAACAUUUCAUUACAGUCCUCGUCUCUUUUCAAAGUCAUUUCCAUACCAGUGCUUCUGACAGGAAUACUCCACCACAAAUGUCACAGACUUGAACAAGAAGUUUUAUUAUUUUCUUCCUAUAUGUGCAAUACAACAGACCUCGCAUUGUUUUGGUUUCUAAAGCAACAGAGUUGUGUGAAAGUAGAGUCCAGCCCAGCUGCGGUCUGAUAAUCAGGACCAGCACGUCGCCUCAUGGCUGCAAAUGGUUAUUUUUCUACGAAACGUACUCACACACCUCUCUCUCUCUCUCUCUCUCUCUCUCUCUCUGUCUCUCUUCAAACAAACCGAGCGCAGCCUGAAAGCCAAACCGUCGCUUAUCAGUGAGCCUGUCCACCUUAGCUGUGAAGGAACCUCUUAGUUUCAGGGGGAGUUCAUUUAUUGAACCGCCAUCUUUGCUGAGUUGAGCCCCGACUAGAAAGUCGGUGCUUGAUCCUCUUUUUUUUUUUUUUUUUUGUUACGGACGUUUAUCUGUUCUCGUAUUUUGUGUUUUGUGAAACUCAAAGGGAUUCAGAAAUAAUUAAAGCUCUACACAGAACCUAGAAAAGGAGCCGCUAUUCUAGUUGUCUGGGUCCAGUAAAGCGCGCGUGCAGUAACCACUUAAUCUCAAAAGAGUCUUUAACCGGCUCCCGACUCGUGCUCCAACAUUUCACUAUUUAAUGCUUAUAGUUCGGUGCUUCCCCACACCAUUUAUUUCCCUUGGUGGUCAAGAAACUGACCACAAACGGUAAACACGCUUUUCACUUUCUUGAUGGUUUUAGAAGAGAAAUAUGUUCUUUUUUUUUUAAUUAAAAUUACAACUUCAGGUAACAAAAGAAAAACCUCUGUUUUUCAAGGCGUGCGUUUACCUGUUUUUAAAACCUGAUGGAUCUGAUUUUCAUUAUUUCUUGGAGUGCAAUCAGUAAUGUAAAGCCAUGUAAGUAAAAAAAAAACAAAUUCCUUGCUGUAUGUCGGACAAUUUUCAACAUUUCCCUUUAGCAUAUCCUCCAGGAUGGAGGUCAUAUAGCCAAGGGUUGAUUCUUUUGCCGUCUCAUCUUUGCUCUCGUAAAAACAUAGUACAACAAAUGUGUGUUUAUAGGUUCCAAAGCUGUGAAUUUGUCCCACUUGAUUGAUUUUUCACCUGUAUUUGGUUGCUUGUUUGCAAAAAAAGAAGAAAAAGUAAAAAAAUUGCUUUUGUUUUUGUAGCGAUCAUUUGUCUGAGAUGUCAAUUUUUCAGGAGAGGUUCCCAAAAUGUCUCACAGCAUCUCCAGAGAUGCGUAGAGUUUCAGUCUGUCCACGUCGGAAACUCUGAACAUUCAGGUCCGUCUGAAGAAACGGGAGUAAAAUUUCUAUAAGGAUAACAUUUUGUACACCUCAGAACACAUGACAGGGUAAUGUAAAUGUUGUGGACAUUUGUUUUUUGCUACACAAAUGGACCCCCAAAAACGACUAUGAAAUUAAACAGAAGCCAUAACGUGAGAUUAAGAGAUUAUAUUCUUAUAUCAGCAAGGAGCUGCCACUCUGUGUAUUACUCACUAUUCUUGCCUUUAAGAACUUUAAAUUAAGUUUGAGGUUUAGAUUUUUGUUUUUCACAGAACAGCCAUUAUAAAGCACUAAAACAUUUAUUUUAAAAAAUGGGUUUGUUUAGUCAGAGGAAAAUGUUAAGGUCAUGACAUUUACAAGUUAUUUUACUGUUCAUUUAUGCUGAUUUUAUGUAAAAUCAUGUUUUUAAACUGUUGAAUAAAGUAAAACUUGUGGAAG